CUCCUUUCAGCUCUUCCCGCCUCAGUCAUGUGACCUGAGCAGGAACAGGGUUGAUGGGGAUCCAAGCCAUGCUUUCUCAGUUCCUGAACAACACAAGCGACAUGUCCGCGGAGCAGAAGGAGCUCACACAGACACCACUACUCAAGAUAUGGGUGCCAGGAAUGGGCAGUUCCCUAGGCCAAAGGAGAGGCUCCUCACGACCCCAGUUUACAAACUGUCCCACAAUGAUUGUGAUGGUUGGUCUGCCAGCCAGGGGAAAGACCUACAUCUCCAAAAAGUUAACCCGAUACCUAAAUUGGAUUGGAGUCCCUACUCAAGUCUUUAAUUUAGGUCAGUAUCGAAGGGAAGUUGUGCAGACAUACAAGAACUAUGAAUUUUUUCAUCCAGACAAUGAAGAGGCCAUGAAAAUCCGCAGAGCCUAUGCCUCAAAUGCCCUUAAGGACAUCGCCAAUUACUUUACCAAGGAGCAGGGACAAGUUGCAGUAUUUGAUUCCACCAAUACUACGGGAGAGAGAAGAGGAGUCAUCCUCAGUUUUGCCAAGGAGAAGGGCUAUAAGGUGUUUUUCAUUGAGUCAGUUUGUGAUGACCCAGAAAUCAUUGAGGCAAAUACAACGCAAGUAAAACUGAGCAGCCCAGAUUAUGAAAACUGCGACAAAGAGGAAGCACUGGUGGACUUUCUGAAGCGUAUCGAUUGUUAUAAAAUGUCCUAUGUCCCCCUGGACGAGGAAAAGGACAGACACCUUUCCUUCAUUAAGAUCUUUAACGUGGGAUCCAGGUACCUCGUCAACCGCGUCCAGGAUCACAUUCAGAGUCGUAUAGUGUAUUACCUCAUGAACAUCCACGUCACACCGCGAUCCAUCUAUCUGAGCCGCCAUGGAGAAAGUGAGCUCAACCUGCUUGGAAGAAUCGGUGGAGACACAGGCCUCUCUUCACAGGGCCAAAAGUAUGCUAAGGCCCUUGCAGAGUUCAUCAGGGGUCAGUCCAUCAAGGACCUGAAGGUGUGGACCAGCCACAUGAAGAGGACCAUACAGACAGCAGAGGCACUGGGCGUCCCAUAUGAACAGUGGAAGGCAUUGAAUGAAAUCGAUGCGGGUGUAUGUGAGGAGAUGACAUACGAGGAGAUUCAAGAAACCCAUCCAGAAGAGUUUGCCUUAAGAGACCAGGACAAGUACCGCUAUCGAUAUCCAAAGGGUGAAUCGUAUGAAGACCUGAUGCACCGUCUAGAGCCAGUCAUAAUGGAGCUUGAGAGACAAGAGAAUGUGCUCGUCAUCUGCCACCAGGCAGUCAUGCGGUGUCUACUGGCAUACUUUCUGGACAAAAGUGAAGAUGAUCUACCGUAUCUAAAGUGUCCUUUGCAUACUGUUCUCAAACUAACUCCAUUAGCUUAUGGAUGCAAAGUGGAGUCCUUCUAUUUAAACAUCCAAGCAGUGAACACACACAGGGACAGACCCACAAAUGUGAAUGUCGCAAGAAAGCCAGAAGAAGCACUACAGACUGUACCCGAACAUCUAUAAUCAUAAAAAAAAUUGUACAUUUGCCAUUUUUGCAGAGUUAAUCUACACAUAGAUUGUGUAAGUGGAAACAAGGUGG